UGCAUUAAGAACUAUUUGAUAGCGACCGAUCUAUGGGAUGUUAUUGAAGAAACCAAUGAACCUCCAAGUCGAGAAGAGGCUGAAGCUGAAUUUAAAGCUUGGAGGAAAAAGAAUGCAGCUGCUUUACAUGCCAUUCAAAUUUCUUGCACGUUCGAAAAACUUUCUCAGAUCGGAGAAACCGACUCUGCUAAAGUUUGUUGGGAGACUUUGGCAAAAAUGCACGAAAAAAAGGAAUCAGUAAAUCAAGAUCCUGCAGGGAAGGAGGAUCCAUACAAAAGGUUUCUACCUCUGUGCCGAGCCAUAGUAAAAGGGGAUUUGAAUGGUGUUAAGGGAUUCCUUAAGUCUCAUCCAGAUGCAAUAAACAAAAAGAUAGCAUUGGGUGGCUUGACAGCUCUUCAUCUAGCGACUAUAAGCGACAAAGUAAAGAUUGUGAAAGAGCUCGUUAAUUCAAUGUCAGUCGAAGACUUACAAAUACAGGAUGAUAGAAACACCACUGCUUUCUUCAUUGCUGUUAGUAAUGGAUGCAUGAGGACAGUGGAUUUGCUACUCAAAAAGAACAAUAAUUUAGUUACUGAACCAGUAGUCGCAGAAUUACCUGUCAUCACUGCAUGUGAAAAAGGCUUUAGAGAAUGGCUAGAGGCAGAGCGUUUGAUUCCGACGCAUCCGGCAGUGGUUUGUGUAGAGGUCGUGGCCCAGGACGCAGUGCCCGUGGACGACGAGGGUCUAUCCCUCCUUCUUAAGGCUAAACAAUUAGGUCGUGAGCCAACACCGAUUGAGGUGUUUACAUACACUCACAUGAAGGACCACGAUCAAUACGUUGUCAACAGACGUGCGACUGAUGAAUCUGAAGCUAAGUCAAGAAUUGAUGAGGUAGCACUUUAUCUCGAGGCUGUAGGGGGCGAGAAGAAGAGGAAGGUAUACGGUAUUGGGUCUCAGGCAUCGCAGAGAAAGAAAGAUAACAAUACCGACUUAAUGAAUGGAAAAAGAGGAGAUAGAGGGGUGGAUUCUUGGUUAGGAUAG